UUCCUCCUCCCACUCCUCUCCUCUGCUCCGUAGAGAACUCGCUUUCUCUCCUGCCGCCGCCGUCGUCCGGUUACGAAAGGAAGGAACAAGUCUAUCUGAGGUUUGCUAUUUGGAGUAAUACUGAUUGGAUUGUCUGCAGUGAUUGAGGUUUUUAGAAUGUGGUGAUGAUUGUGGGGAUAGUGUUGGAAGAUUGAAUUGUGUGUUUGAGAAUGGGGUCUGCUUGCUGUGUUGCUGCUAGAGACAAAAAUAUAGUGAGUGCAUCAGGUGGUGAAGUGUUGAACAGGAAUAUUAGGCAUUCACCUAGUUGGAGCUUUCGGUGGGAUAGUAGUAGAGGGCGUGUAGCAGGUGAAGAUACUUCUAUAAGUUGGUUUUCAGAUGGGAUUAGCCGAAAUGGUGGGUCAGAGAUCAAAUAUGGAUCUGCAUUUGCAUCUGAGGAUGGAAGCCCAUCAGAAAGUUUCCAGUCCCAUAUAUGGCAUAAGUCCACAACUUCAGAUGGAGCUACAGGACCAGUGAGAACCCCUGCUUCAGACCGGUCAAUUUCAAGAAAUAUAUCCAUGGAUGCAGAUAUAGAACAGGUGAAGGAGCCAACAGAAUCUCUGGUUGUCUCAUAUCCAUCUCCUUCAAAAUUAUCACUUUCUCUGCCUUUGAAUUCAUCCUUGACAACAUCCUCAUUGUCACCCCAAGGUCGCAUGUAUCCAGCCAGUUCAACGACAUCACGGUGGCCUCUCCGAUCUCCAGGACAUCAUCUCUUGCGGCAAGCAUCCGAUAAUGGAAUUCCAAGGACAGGUUUGAAAUCUCCUGACAGACAUUCUUUUGCUGCUGAUGAACAGCUAACGAUGCCUUCAGGGAGCAAUGAGUCAUCUAGGGGCUCACGAGGUGGUUCUUCAGACAGUUGGUCAAUGCAUGCCUUCUCUGAACUCAUGGCCACGUCUCGUAAGGAAAGGCGGUCCUUUGAUAAUGAAUCAUGGGGCUCUGCUCGUGACAAGCAAAGCAGAUCUAGUGGCCAAACCUCUGUAUCUCCUUCUGUUGAUCUGCAAACCUGUGGUGUUUGCUCAAAGCUGCUGUCUGAGAAAUCUCCUUGGAGUAGCCAGAAGAUCAUUAUAACCAACGAGCUUAAUGUUGUUGCUGUUCUAACUUGCGGGCAUGUUUACCAUGCUGAAUGUUUGGAGAAUAUGACGCCUGAGAUUGACAAAUAUGACCCUGCUUGCCCAGUUUGCACUUUUGGGGAGAAGAAGACCCAUAAGUUGUCUGAGAAAGCAUUGAAAGCAGAAAUGGAUAUGAAGGCUAGAAACAACAAGAGAUUAAGGAAACAGGUUGUGGAUAGUGACCUGGAUGGUGGUUCAAUUGUGUUUGAUCGUCUGAAAGGUAGUGGAUGUGAUGGGAAGGCCUCUAGUUCAAGCAUGAAAAGCUCCUUAGGAAAGCCUUUCAUGAGGAGGCACUUUUCCUUUGGAUCAAAGGGGAGUAGAUCACCAUCAGAGAAUCAGCCUUCCAGGAAGAAGGGGCUUUUCUGGGCCAAAUCUAGCAAGAUAUGAACUUCUAGUCUGUCUACUGUUAGAAGAUAUGACUGCCAUCCAUGUUUCCAAGCUAUCAACUACGUUCCACUUGGACAAAGGAAUGUCAAUGGUGCAGGAUGCAUUCAUCUACAUUUGUUAACAUCAGCUUCUGCAUGCACAUUCAGAGAAAUUCUAUUGACUGUCCUGUGGGAGUUACACUGUAAAGAAACAGAGGUGGAUUUAUAGAUGAUAAAUGCUCCAUAUGGGGAAAAAGAAAGUUGAAAGAAGGGAGUAUAUACAACAUCACACAAGUGAUCUUAUUUGUAUUAUUUUCUCUGUACAGAUUGAUUUUGUUUAUUGCUUGGACGCAUACAUGAAAAUUGAUUCACAAGUAAUUCUGUAUGGCUGUCCACAGGACAUGUUUUCAUCUUAUAUCUUCAGUGCCUCUGUUGUUUGGAUGGCCUUUCUACAAGUACUUCUACUUUUCCAAUGUUCAUCUAUUUGGCUUAGCUUCUAAAUUAUAGUACUCUUUGUGAGGAAGAGGUAUCUCUUAUGUAAAAGUCUCGUAUCUCGAGAUACAUGUAAGAAUACCCAUGGUAUUCUUAGACACCUUAAUUAAACAUUUUUAUAGAGAUUUUACAUUUCAAUGCAAACUAUAGAGGAUUUUGAGAUCGAAUCAUCAUCCUCAUCUCAUCUCAAACCCAUUUGUCAUCCUCAUAUGCAUCCGCGUGUCCUCAAAAUUUCUCU